AUGAUGAAAACAUUUUGUGUAAUAGGAAAUAGUCGGCGUGAUAAUGGUUUGGAUGAAGUAUUGUCGAUCGACGUAAAUGAUAUUUGCUAUGAUGCAUUCUUUUGUCUUAUUUGCUUUCUUUAUUCGGAUUUCAAAAUUAAUUUAGGUGAUAUACCAGAAUCAGCGAUCCUGGAUACUGUUUAUGCAGCUCGAAAAUAUACGGUACCGCAGCUGGAAACAUUAUGUGUGAAAUUGUUAGGCGAUUUAUCGCCUAGUAGAGCUAUAUCAUUGUUGGAACAGGCGCAAAAGUUUGGUUCGACUGAACUUUUGGAUCGUUGUUUUGAAAUCAUUGAUAAUCGCACCGAUGAAGCUCUUUCAUCAGAUAGUUUUCUGUUGCUGAAAAAGCAAACUAUCCAAAUGGUGCUUGAACGUUCGGAGCUCACGCCAUCAGAUGAACUUAUUGUUUAUCGAGCUACUCUUGCUUGGGCUGAAGCUGAAUGUAAUCGUCAAUGCAUCGCAGAAACUGACAGCAAUAAACGUAAAGUGCUGGGUGAUGUGUUUAAUGAGAUACGAUUUCCAACAAUGACUAUUGAAGAAUUCGGCGAAGUUGCUAAUGGUAAUAUUUUAACGGAUAAUGAAAUCGGGAUAUUAUUCCGUUAUCUUUCAUCAACUGUUCGAUCUACUUUGAAAUUACCAUUUGUUACAACUGAACGUCGAUGCUCCGGUCGUUCAAAACUUGUUGUGAAACGAUUUAUGAUGCUUUCGAAAAACACAUGGAAGAAACAACGGAAUUCAAUUUGGUUUAUUGUGAAUCGAGAGAUUCUGGUUUCUGCGCUCGGAAUCUACGGUAUCAUAUCUAAUGAGAAGAACCCGGAGGGUGCUGAAUGGGAAACAACCGUUGAAAUUGAGCUGUCCUGUUCUCAAAGCAAUAACAUUAUGAAAGAAGAAGCGCAAGUUAUUGCUCAUGGGACAUAUGGCGAUCCUCGUGUCAUCCCUCUUCGUUUUAAGAGACCAGUUCGAGUUUUGCCUUAUAUCCCAUACAAAGCUUCUGUUGCCUUCCAGGAAGAGGUAGAGACAUAUGCUGGAGGAAAUGGAGCUGAGGAUGUUCGGCUGCCUGUGGGAAUCAGUGGAACUUCAACAGAACAAAUAAGUGGUUCAGCUUCACCUGCUCCUGUUGCUGAUUCUGCUUCUGUCCAUUUCGCUUUUCACAAUGAUGAUCCAUUCGGUAUACGUCGUGGAAUGACGAGAGGACCAGCUGUUUUUGCAAAUGCUAUCGGUGGUUUCUACAAUCGUCCUGCCAGUCGUGCUCCUCCACUUAUAUCAGAGGGUUGUUUAUAUGAAGGUCAACUACCGGAAAUCUAUUUUUCCAUAUCCAACGCAAUCAAAAAAGAAGUUAAGGAUAACUGA